AUGCUGGCCUGCAUCGCGUGCUCCGCCAAGGAAGGCGGGGAGGACGGCUCCCGUGCCGCGGCCACGCCGGCCGCCAGGUCUCUCACCUCACAGCUCAAGGACAUGGUGCUCAAGUUCUCCAGCUCCAGCAAGCACUACAAGGGGGCGGCCGCCGGGAGCCCCUCUUUCAGGAGCUACCGACGCCCCUACCCGGGAUUCGUCGACGACACUACCUUCACGCCGACGGGCAGACCCGCGAGCGACGCCGGCGCGUACACAAGGACUACUGCGGCAGCAGCGAACGGGAGCGCGCGGGCUGCCUCGUCGGCAACGUGGGACAUGACCGGGCGCGGAUGGCCGGGCGUGGACGAGGAGGACGGCGGUGAGAUCGUCGCCGCUGGGGUGGACGCCGCCGUGCCCAGGGAGUGGACGGCGCAGGUGGAGCCCGGCGUGCAGAUCACCUUCGUCACGCUCCCCGGCGGCGGCAACGACCUCAAGCGCAUCCGCUUCAGCCGUGAGAUGUUUAACAAGUGGAAGGCGCAGCGGUGGUGGGGAGAGAACUACGACCGCAUCGUGGAGCUGUACAACGUGCAGACCUUCAGCGGCACGCAGCAGGGGGGCUCCACUCCGACGUCCUCCGUCGACGACUCGCUUCUGAGAGAUUCGUCCUAUUCCCGGGGCGGCUCCACGAGGGACAGCCCGGUCGUCAUGAUGCCGCCGCCGCCGCCGUCAUCCUCGUCGAGCAAAGACCCGAUGUCACGGAGCGUUUCGUGCAAGGCGAUGAUGCCGCCGCCGUCGGGGCCUUACGGGGCGGGGCCAUCCACCAGGGCGGCGUACUACCCGUCCGCGGCGGCCGUGCCCGACCCGUCCGACCACGUCUGGGCGCACCACUUCAACAUGCUCAACUCCGCGGCGGCCGGCGGGCAUUCCUCCUACGACCCAUCGCGCGCCACCACCUCCUCCCGCGACGAGGCCUCCGUGUCCAUCAGCAACGUCAGCGACAUGGAGGCGACGGAGUGGAUCGAGCAGGACGAGCCCGGCGUCUGCCUCACCAUCCGCGAGCUCGGCGACGGCACCCGCGAGCUCCGCCGCGUCCGGUUCAGCCGGGAGAGGUUUGGCGAGGACAGGGCGAAGGUGUGGUGGGAGCAGAACAGAGACAGAAUACAGGCGCAGUAUCUGUAG